UCCUCUUCCUCUCCUCCUCUUGAGCAGAUCGCUGCCCCCACCCUCCUGCUGUACGUGGACGCUGGGAAGGACACCAUGGUGAAACGGCUGAUGAAGCGAGGAGAGACCAGCGGGCGCGUGGACGACAACGAGGAGACCAUCAAGAAGCGGUUGGACACCUACUACAAUGCCACCGAGCCCGUCAUCGCCUAUUACGAGAAGAAGGGAAUUGUCCGCAAGGUCAACGCGGAAGGCACGGUCGAUGACGUCUUCAAGCAAGUCUGCACUCAUCUGGAUGUCCUCAAGUAAACCCCCCAACGCACACACCUUGGAGGAGCUUCAUUCCCCCACCCCACCCCGCCAAGACUCAGAUCUGUGUAGAUGCGUCCCUCCCCUCCCCGCCGCUCCGCACUCCCUUUUCAUCUCCAACGACCGACCGCUGGGGGAGGAAGUGGCUUCAUCCUGUUUUCGUGGACAGAAGCCCGCGGAGGAAAUUUGAAGGACAAUGCGCCCGGCUUCCUUAAACCUCCUCUCGCAAAAGUAAAUUUGGCUUUCGUGAGAUGAGAUGUUUUCAUCCUUUGCUUGGCUUUUUUUUUUUUUAAAGGAAUUUUUUCUCGCCCUCCAAUGUGGGGUGGUGGAGGGGAGGAACACGUUCUCCUUCGUCUUCCCUCCACAAGUGGAGAAGUUCUCCUGCAAAUUCCAAGAAUGGGUUGAGGCCAACCUCUAAGCGCUCCUUGUCUAUCUUUUCAUCUACCUUCUCUUUAACCUUAUCCUUCUCUUCUUCUUUUCCUCAUCCUCCCCUUCCUCC